CUCGCAGCACUUCGUAUAUUUUAUUUCUUGUUUGUGGCCCCCAGGGAGUCUUACCCCUGUCAAUAAAAAAUGUGGGCGUGCAUAGAAGGUCCCUAAAACUCGCGCUGCACCUUCGUCAACCUCCCUGUUUGUUGAAUUUCAAGGCGAUUUUUUAGUUUUUAUGACGUCACAUAACGCAGGCGUAGACGGUGUUCAUAUUUCUGCUUACGCGACCCUCAUGAGGAUCAGAGGUAUGGACAACGGAUGGAUGGGUGCACGUUAAAAUAAGCACCUAUGGAGCAAGAUAGCACUCAUUCAACCAAUGUGGAUGAGUUCUAUGCACGAUUUAGGGAGCACAGCACAAAUGAUGCUCCUCUGGAGGAGGAGACAACUUCAGAACCCGAUUGGGGAAUCACUGAUACAACCUCGGAAGAGGAAGAAGAGAAACCCUUUGAUUUGCCUCAAGAAAAAAACUGUGAUGUACUCUGGGAGGAGGCAGAGGAUGAAGAAGAGCAACCUAGUGCUACACCUCAAGAUGAGGACGAGGAGGAAACCACAGCCACAUGUUCUCAUGGCGUAAUAGCACCCCAAGAGGACGAAACCACAGCAGCACUUACGAAACAAGAAGCCACUGAUGGACCACGAAUGGAGAACAUUUUUGCAUCACCUGAGUAUGAUUUUAAAGUAACUGGAGUGACUCGAACAAGUAUGACACCUGCAUCGCUCGCCACUCCGUUCACACAAACGUUUAAGAACUUUCCCUCCAAAGACCACUAUUUUCAGCAACAAAUAGAGCAACGGAAACGAGACUUAGAUUUCAAGCUUCAACAACGCAGGGCCUCCAAUAUGCGGCAGAUGAUUAUGGAGCAGGUUGCAUCGAAUCAGGCACAAAAGGAAAUGGAGCGACAGAAAAAACUGUCUGAAUUGAGCUCGUUAAACAACGUGCCACCUGCUACCAAGAGCACGGAGGAUGUCGAAACCAGUGGUGGCCGAUCUGAUGAACAUAAUCAUGCAACAGAUAAAGAGCUUGAACACCACAAAGUAACAGAGGAGGAAAAACACAGUGAGGUGGAACGCCACUGGAGAACAAAAGAUAACAAAGGAGAGGCCCAGGAGGCCUGA